GCUGGCGCCUCCUCGCGGGCGGUGCGUCAUGUGACGGGUCGGCGGCCCUGGCGGUUGCUGUCAGCUGGUUCCCUGGGUUGGCAGCGGCAGCCGCGGCGAUGGACUUUCUCCUGGGGAACCCGUUCAGCUCUCCAGUGGGACAGCGCAUCGAAAAAGCAACAGAUGGCUCCCUGCAGAGUGAGGACUGGGCCCUCAACAUGGAGAUCUGUGACAUCAUCAACGAGACCGAGGAAGGUCCCAAAGAUGCCUUUCGAGCAGUGAAGAAGAGGAUUGUGGGGAAUAAGAACUUCCAUGAGGUGAUGUUGGCUCUCACGGUCUUGGAAACCUGUGUCAAGAACUGUGGCCACCGCUUCCAUGUGCUGGUGGCCAGCCAGGACUUUGUGGAGGGCGUGCUGGUGAGGACCAUCCUGCCCAAGAACAACCCACCUACCAUUGUGCACGACAAGGUGCUCAACCUCAUCCAGUCCUGGGCUGACGCGUUCCGCAGCUCGCCCGAUUUGACGGGUGUCGUUGCCGUCUACGAGGACCUGCGGAGGAAAGGCCUGGAGUUCCCCAUGACCGACCUGGACAUGCUGUCGCCCAUCCACACGCCCCAGAGGACUGUGUUCAACUCGGAGACUCCAUCAGGACAGAAUUCUGUGGGCACAGAUGCUGGUCAGCGAGGGGACUCCAGCCAGCACACCACCCCUCUGCCCACCCUGACUAUGCUCCCCAGUGACACUCCCAUAGCGCCAACCCCUGAGCAGAUGGGGAAGCUGCACAGCGAACUGGAGAUGGUGAAUGGGAACGUGAGGGUGAUGUCGGAGAUGCUGGCAGAGCUGGUGCCCACCCAGGCGGAGCCUGCAGACCUGGAGCUUUUGCAGGAGCUCAACCGGACGUGCCGAGCCAUGCAGCAACGGGUCCUAGAGCUCAUCCCUCGAAUCGCCAAUGAGCAGCUGACAGAGGAGCUGCUCAUCGUCAAUGACAAUCUCAACAACGUGUUCCUGCGUCAUGAACGGUUCGAACGGUUCCGAACAGGCCAGACCACCAAGGCCCCAAGUGAGGCCGAGCAGGCAGCAGACCUGAUCGACAUGGGCCCUGAUGCGACAGCCACCAGCAACCUCUCAUCCCAGCUGGCAGGAAUGAACCUGGGCUCCAGCAGCGUGAGGGCUGGCCUGCAGUCUCUGGAGGCCUCUGGCCAACUGGAAGAUGAGUUUGACAUGUUUGCACUGACCCGGGGCAACUCUCUGGCUGACCAACGGAAAGAGGUAAAAUACGAAGCCCCUCAUGCAACCGAUGGCCUGGCUGGAGCCCUGGAUGCCCGGCAGCAGAGCACUGCGGCGAUGGGAGGUGGCAGCGAGAAGAGCCUCAGAGACUGGAUGGUGAGACAAGGCAUGAUCCCUGUCACCCAGGCCUGCCUCAUGGAGGACAUCGAGCAGUGGCUGUCCACUGAUGUGGGCAAAGAUGCGGAAGAGCCUAAGGGUGUCACCAGCGAAGGUAAAUUUGAUAAGUUCCUGGAAGAACGGGCCAAAGCAGCCGAUCGACUGCCCAACCUCUCCAGCCCCUCAGCUGAAAGACCCCCAGGGCCCCUCGCUGGCACAGCCCCUCGGAAGAAGACGCAGGAGAAAGAUGAGGACAUGCUGUUUGCCUUGUGAGGGCAGGAUCCGUCUGCCAGCAGCCCAGGCCUCCGCUGCUCCACCCCUGGCCUGGGGCCUCUCUCCCUCCUUUGGUGUUAAAGCUGCUUUGGGGGUGGCGUGUUACCCUCUUCUCUCCUCUCAGGAUGGAGCUGACCCGUGCUGCGGCUGGGCUGGGAUGCCUGGGGGGAUGGGGCAGCAGCGGGAUGCAUUGGAAGAAUAGAUCAGCUCUAUAGUGGGAUCCUGGCUGCUCCUGCCUCCUUCCCCACCCCCACCGGCCACUGCAACUUUGUUGAGAAGUGGGAGGCCCCAGGACAGACAGGCUGGCUGCUUGGUUGACUGAUGUGCCGCUCUCCUUGCCCUGGCUGAUCGCCACCCUGGACCUGUCCCUAGAGGAGCCCUUCAGAUCCCACACUGCCAGUUGAGGCCUGGCGGGAGGCUGGUGACUGUGGAAGCUCCAUCACUGCCUCUCGUCCAUCCCCCAGCCCCUGCCUCCUGGGGCCUGAAGGCUUUGGUUAGCUGUUGAGGGCAGGGUAGGCUCUGCUGAGCUGCACACUGUCCAGGUACGAAGCCGCACAGGGUGCAGGGUGAGGCCUCAGGACGCCUGGGCCCAGCUUUCCCUCCACUGCCUUUUCCUUCAUUCUGCCCCUCCCGGCAGGGCUCUGCCAGCUCUGGGGCCCCUGUUAUUGAUCCUCUUGUACUGGGAGAGGUGCCUUUUGUAUCCCCAAUUAAAGGUAGAAAACCCCCGCUA